CGAAGAGUAAACAUCUCCUUUAACCCCCCCGAGCUGCAGGACGAGGUCUUGGAGCUGCAGGAGGAGAUCUGGGAGCUGCCUACAGCUCUGGGGCAGGACCCCCAGAGGGGGGAAAGGCUGAGGUUGCCCAACGGGGACUCCCCGUAGCCGAUAGGCACCGUGCCAGUCCUGCUCCACCAUCCGGCUCCGCGGGCGAGCUCGCCCAGCAGAACGGCUGCGACGCUGCCAGGAGCUGGCUGGUCCCACCACAGCUCUGCCCCUGCCCGUUUUUUUAUAUGGGCAAGCCACAGAAGGUGGAGAGCUGAGCCUCUUCCCCUUCCACCAGCAUCCCAGGGUGCGGGGAGAACAGUGAGUUAACGAGGACCUGGGUUCAACUCGCUGGGGCGAGAUGGGGAGGAAGCUGGACCUCUCCAAGCUAACCGACGAGGAGGCCAAGCACGUUUGGGAGGUCGUUCAACGGGACUUCGACCUGCGGAAGAAAGAGGAGGAACGGCUGGAGGAACUGAAAUGCAAGAUCGACCGGGAGAGCAGCAAGAGAGAGUUUCUGACGAAUCAGUCCCACCUCAACGAAACCCACUGCGUCCACUGCCUCCAGCCCUUCAAGUUCCUGCUGAACAGCAAGCGCCAGUGCUUGGACUGCCACUUCUACACCUGCAAGAACUGCAGUCGCUACAACAAGAAGGAGCAAGGAUGGGUCUGUGAUCCCUGCCGCCUCUCCAGGUACCACUGCUGUGAUGGAGGGUCAGGGGCAAGGAUUGUGAAGAUCGGUUCCCUGGAGUGGUACUACGAACACGUGCGAUCCCGUUUCAAGAGGUUUGGAAGUGCCAAAGUGCUGCAGUCCCUCUACGGCAGGCUGCAGCCCGGGCAGGGGGUCAACUCCACGUUCCUAGGUCUUCAUGACAGAGUUUACAGCCUGCCAGACAUUAACAGUGAAUGCCAGCUCCUCACCAGUGGUGGCAUUGGGGAUGACAGCGAUGAUGAAGACGACGUCCUUCGUGGAGCUGAAGCAGAGUGCUACAGCAGAAUGCGCAAGACAAAGCGCCUGCUGUCUGUCCAUCCCUUUGAUUUCGAGCUGGACUCGGAGUACUCUGCUCAGUCUCGCCGCCAGUCUAUGCAGCUCUCUCCAGCAGCCAGCAGCCCGGAUGCUUUCCAGUCCUUCCCAGAUUUCUCCAACUCGGCUGAAGGUGCCUCCCAGAAGGAGUCCAGGAUUGCAGAGGCAGAUCUGGUCUUCCACCACAUCUUGCAGGAGCAGGGACCAGGCGUGAGCCCUCCGGAGCAGCACUUCAGCACAGAGGUUCGGCUCACCGUCAACUCGCGGAGAAGAAGCCUAGAAAGAAAUGCAAAACCUGGCAGCCCCUGGAACGAGCAGCCCCAGUCCCGGUACUCUGCAGAUAUGGACACCUCUGAUGAGGAUGUGAAGGGAGCCCAGUUCCCUGCCUACCAUCACACAAGACUCCGGAGCAGAGCCUCCUCCCAGGAUAACGUCAGCCACUCCGGGAAUCAGAUUCAUGAGCUCAGCAAACGCAUGUCCGCAAUCGAACGCGUGCUGAACCGCUUGGAGGAAAAAAUCCUGGUGCGCUCUGAUGAGUCUCCAGCCCCGGAGUCCCAACUUGAUCCCGACGUCGAGGAGGAGGAGUUGAAGAGGAAGCUGGAGGAGUUAGCCAGCAACAUCAGUGACAAAGAAGUCUCUUCUGAAGAAGAAGAGCGUGAAGAAAAGAAGGUGAAGAAACCAGAGAUGAGUUGCUCCAGUGAUGACGUGGCCAGAGAAGCUCGAAAGAGGUCAUCAGCUAAGGCUUUGAGCGAAAUCACGGCCAAAGUCCUGAGAGCCAUAAACGCCACGGAGAAAGCAGUGUGUGAGUCGUUGCACGGAGAGAGCCAGUGCAACGGUGGCUGCGCCCUCCCCGAAGGGCAGCUCCCCAGCCUGGGAGAUGGGAAAGAGGUGGCCGAAGCCUACCGUGAGCUUGAAGAAAACGUGUACCUGACCGCUGGGAAGACCUACCGGCUUGAGAAGACCCUGAAGGAGCUUGAGGAGGGGGCUCAGCACAGCGGCACCACCGACUCAGAGCUGUCAGAGCUGGAGGACAAAGUGGCCUCAGCAGCUGCUCAGGUGCAACAGGCAGAGAGCGAGAUCUCAGACAUCGAAUCUCGAAUUGCAGCUCUGUCCGCUGCAGGGCUGACGGUGAAGCCGGUGGAAAAAGCCAGGAAGAAGUCAACUGGGCAGGCUGCCUGCCUCCAAUCUCCUGGUCCCACCAGCAGCAGUCCAGGGGAGCCUUUGGAUGAUGCCAAAGUGAUGCCCGGGUUGCAGGGGUUCAGGAGGAAGUUCAACUGUCCCAUCGAAAUCACCAGUCUUGAUGACUCCUUUGACCGCAACUCGGUGUACCGUGGCUCGCUGACACAGAGAAACCCCAACGGAAAGAACAGGAGAGUGGAGCGGCUCUUUGCGAAGCCUGUGAUGACCCACCUGUCCUGAGGAGAGGGGUGACCCUCCUGCCACCGCAUUUCAUUGAUGAUACAAGACCUCAGCACAAAGCCUCGCUGCCUUCCCCCCUCAACGCUUGCUCUUCCUUCUCCCCGUGCCCGUCUCUCCCUGAAACUCUGGACAGGAGGGAAGCCAAAGGCCAUGAGCUGGGAGCUGCUGGGGAGAGGAGCGAGGCACUGGGGUGUGAACACAUGGCCAGGGGCUGUCAUGGGACAACACAGACAUGAGACCACAGCUUUGGGCAGCUCUUUGGUGCUGGGUCAACCAAGGGGACCAGAGGACUGUGGAGCGGGAGGAGGGAGCUGGACAUCAGUGUGGCUCUCCAGCAUGAGAACUCGGGGUAGUCACAUGGCCCUCACUUGGCAAAAGCUGGUCCCAACCCUUGACAAAAGGCCAGUGUCAUCUGCCAUGGUCAUCAUCAUCGCUGUCAGGACCUGUCCUUGCUCUCUGCCAGGCCGGUGCUGAGUGGGGACAGGAGCUGACAGCAGGAGCAGGAUGUCCUUGGAGUACCCCAGGCAAAGCAGGGACCCAGGCAUUCCAGGCUGGGAUUUGCAUCCCAGAGCUGGUCCCGACUCCCUGAGAUGUCCCUUGGAGCAUUGCUUCCCUUCCCUGAGCAGCAAAGCAGGGCGAGAGCAGCGCUGGCUCCCUCCCAGCAAGCACUUGGCCAACAGAUCAUAGAAUGGUUAGAGUUGGAGAUCUUUGCAUGAAAACAUCCACUGGGGCUUCUCGCCACUGUGCCUAGAGCAGCUGUGACCAUCUGGGGACAUGAGUGAGGUGAGGCUUGUGGGAAGCAGUGGCAAGAAAGGUGCAAGAAAGGCCAGAGGGCUUGUUGAGGAUUGGGUUGGUUUUCCACCUCUCAAAGAUGUCCCCUGUCCCUACAAGGUUGUACCAGCAAAUCCAGAAGUACUGUGUCAGGCAGAACAUGGGUACUUCUCUGGAGGAGUCAGCUCAAAGAGGUGCUUUGUGGAUAAGCAUGUCCCCUGUCCCUGACAAUGGGGUUGUAGGACCAUCUGAUGCUUUGGAGGGGCUGUGGUGACCUCUGGGGGCUGCGGUGGCCCAGGGCCUCCUGCCAGCUGCAAGCAGCAUUGGAAAUGCCCUCCUCCAGAACCCCCAAAGCUGUUUGUUUUUCUCCAGCAUUUAAUUCUCCGCAUCCAUUGAUCCCGGUGGAUCAGUGCCUGGCUCCAUACCCAUGCCCAGGACAUCAGGACCAGGAGAGGGUUGCUUUCUCUUGCAGGAAACUUUGGAGGAAGGUUCAUGGUAAAAAAAUUUCACUUGGUACCCUCUGGUCCCUGUCCUUUAUAGCCCCCACCUACCUCCCUCCACAGCAGGCGAUGCGGGGAGUAUCGCUCGCAGCCACGGUGAUGUUGGCAGUUUCCCAUCAAUGGCCACCUGGACUGGACUAUUUUAGGCUAUUCCUGUGAAUCUGAACUAAAACCAGUUUAAUUAUGGGCAGUAGUGUGAAUUCUCACGCAAGUAACACGUACGUUUGGCUUUGGUAGUAGUAGAGACUGCUCACUGCCUAGAAAUGAGUCCUGUGGUCAUCCCAGAGCAGUCUUAUAAGUCCAUAGUCUGGGCUUCCCAGCUGGAAAAAAAAAAAAGCAGUUUCAUAUUUUAAAAUUAAAUCCUUCUGUCCUGGAGUUGAAAUGGGUAAGUGCAAACCACUGCUGUUGUAGAAACUCCCCCAGACACCAUGGGUGCGUACCUUGCUGCUAGCAGAAGGGAGCUCCACCAAGAUCUGGCCAACGCUACAGGGUUUGCACCCACCCUUCUGGUGUCAGGGUUCAGCCUUCACCUCUUGCCGUCACCGGUUUCAGCCAUAACUCAAGUCCUUCCACUCAACUGCUGGGAUGCUUGACCCUGUGAAGAAGUCCUCGCAGUGAAGCCUCAGCAGCGCAAACUAAGGUGUCGUUCAGGCUGUAGUCACCCACGUUGCUAUUUGCUGGUUUCCUGACCCAUCUGCCUGUGUAGGUAACAUAUACGUCUAUACUAAAUCAUUCAAUAAAGCCAACUUUGUGUCCAGAA